GAUGGGUAAAAUAAUUUUAGAGUAUUUGGAUGGAAAUAGAAUUUAUGUAUGCACAAAAUGUCACAUACAUAUAUCAAAUUACAAGAGUAGAAUAUCAAAGGUAUGAUUAAGUAAAUGAUUAUAGAAUUUUAGGGGUGGAAUAGGACAAGCAUUUCUGUUUGAGAAAGGGUACUUUAUCAUUAAUAAUAAGUAUCAAUUAUCAUGUUGGACAACCUGAAGAUAAGGAUUUAAUGACUGGAAAGCAUAUAGUCUAAGAUGUUAUUUGCAAUGGCUGUAAUAAAGUGAUUGGAUGGAAAUAUGUAUUAAGGAUUGUGUUGAUUCAUCAAUUAGAUUAAAGCAUAUAGAGAGUCGGAGAAAUAUAAAGAGGGAAAGAUAAUAAUAGAAAGACAUUAUAUAAGAAGAAUUAAAUGGAGCUGA